AUGCCAUCAUCAAAUUGUUCUCAAUUGGUGAUUGGGACUGGGACUACGGCUGCUGGGGAGGCUUGCAGAAACGGCAAGGGCAAGUUGAAGUUUAGUGGACUCACAGCCGGACCUGCUGCUCAUGCUGUAUUGGAUGCGAGCUGCGGUGUUCCAGCUUUGGACAAGGCUUUGAGAGGUACUCGUGAUCCUAUUGCUGCAGCUUCAAAAGCACGCAAAUUUUCUUUGAAGGACUUCAACAACAUGCUAGUCAAACUAGAGAAAGCAGAAACCGCUUGCCUCUCUGCUCUUGGUGAGAAGAACAAGCCUGAGAAGCCUGAAAACAUUGCUUUCAUUGAUGAAUCAGAGGCGGUUGAAACAGCUAUCAAAAACAUCAACAACCGGUUUCUGAUGAUUCACAAGCUCUCUACAAGGCUAGCAGUGGAAAAGCCAGCAAACGAGCAGGUUUGUCAAGAGGUUCUUCAAAUGUGCAAGAAGGAUGAGUACUUCAAGGAACGUGCGAUCUCUCUACAAUCCUUGCAAACAGUGGGAUUCAUGCAUAGGUGCAGAAACGACUGGGACCUUCUGGAUUCUCCAGAUGCAGUGAAGCGGGAGGCUGCUAUUCAUCACUUUGCUGUGGAGACCCUGAAGGAACUAUGUGAUGGAGCCCUGACUGCUGCAACGCAGUACAAAGCAAGGAAUGCAGCUGUUUUGAAUGCCAAGAAAGCGGAGGAAGCUGCUGUUGAGAAAGAGAACAAACGAUUAGAACUACAAAAGAAAAAAGACCAGGCGAAAGCAGAUAAGGCAGAGAAAGCAGCAGCAGAAAGACAGAGAAAGGCAGACGAGAAAGCUGCGGCUAAGAAGAAAGAAGCAGAGGCAGCUAACAAGAGCGGAGAAGAAGACCAAGAAGAAAACGAUGGCCAGAAGUGCCACAGGCGUGGUAAAGGCAUUGGGGAACUUGGUGAUGAUGACCCAUACAUUUUGAGAACCAAAAUUCCCGAUGCCGAUUGUACUAUUGCAGCUUCACUGCAAGAGUUUGCCGAGACGGCAGCGCGUGGCUCACCAUGCGUAUGGAGGUUGAAGAGAUCAGUUGUGAAGAAAAUCAUGGAGGGCCAUUCUGAGGUUCUUGGUGACAGUGGUCCUUGUCGCAAAGAGAUCAACUCUGUCAACACCAUGAUGAAAGUGGAGAAUGCGAACUUCAUGACAGCAUUUCAUGAGAAAGUGGAGGCUGAUCCGAAUUUAGUCAAGAAAAAUGACAAGUACGACGACAGUAUACAAGAACGGAUCUUUGCACUGAACUUUGACACUGUCUUUGCCAGCAUGGUGGAAGAUAAUUCGGCAGAGACUUUUGGAUCCAUGAUGGUUGUGGAUCCUGAGAUGAUUGAAGAGAGUAUGCUGGAAGCACUUGGUGAAGAUCAGCAGAACGAUGACAAA